AUGGUGUAUUCGCAUAUUGCAUUUGCAGGUGGAUCUGACAAUCGACAAAUGCUGAUUGUGGGCGGAGUGACCCCGAGACCUGACCCCAGUAUCGGAGACCAGGAACCAGUAGCCUUUAGUUAUAACUGUGAUACUGGACAAUGGCAUCAACAUGACCUUCCACCCGAAAAUCAUCUAAGUCGCCAAGCAGCAGCAUGUGCUGUAGCAUCUCAUGGUAUAGCUUAUAUCUGGGGAGGAAAACACACCAAUGGAGGCUCGACAGAAAAAGCCCAGCCUGCAUCGGAUAUGUACAUAAUCGACACAAUCAACCAGACCAACUCUUAUAGUGUCCCUUUAACCGGCCCACAACCGCCUUUUCGAUAUGCCCAUAAACAAACAAUAAUAGACGACCAUUUAAUUGUGGUGCUUGGCGGGUUUGAUGGCAUGAGUGGAAAUCCAGUAUCCAUGACAGACAUUUGGGUAUUUGACACCAAGACCAGUCUUUGGCUGUCAGUAAAUGCUACACUAGAUAGUGAUAAUCGACCUGCGAAUCGUAGUAGUCACAGUCAAACACUGAUGCCAGACGGAGUGUCAAUCAUAAUGUACGGUGGUUACGAUGGCUACCAUGUAUAUAAUGAUGUUUCGGUGCUAGAUACUCAAACAUGGGCGUGGACAGUAAAGAAUACCAAUGCAGCUGUCCAAGGAAGAGCCGACCACACAGCAACUAUGGUGGGCACAAAUAUGAUAGUUGCUUUUGGGUUUACAGGAGUGGCUACUGCUCUAUCAGUAAUGUCUGAUAUCGAAGUUUUGGAUACAAAUACUUGGAGUUGGACCUCGACAUACACGCCUUCACUCGAUUUCCUUGCAAGUGAUCCUAGUCACCCCAACGAAAGCAACGGAUCAACAGCUCACGGUGGUAAUACACCGACUUCGUUUGGAACCAUUACCGGUGCUGUCAUCAGUAGCUUAGCAGUGGUUUUGCUAAUAAUAACAGCCGUAUACAUGUUUAAGCGCCACCGGAAACGCCGAAGCCUUUCUCAAUCUGACCAUGAACGAGAUAUUCCACUCUACCCAAAACAACUUCUUGAUCCACCUGUGCUGGAAAAUAAUAACCACGAUAACCACAAUCACGACCCGCUUGUUGUAGAGACACAUGCACUGUCUACUGGACACACAUAUUCGCUUUCAGUAGGACAUCGACCGUUGGUUUUUGACAGACGCAAAGGAUUCCCUUUUGACAAGCGCAUGUCUCUUAUUCUUGAUCAGCCAACCGCACCGCCCGCACCAGCCAGGCCGCGCGGGCACAGACACUCAUCGUCGGUCGGUGCAUCACCACUAGGCAAUCGUCAGGGUACGCUCGAUACUGUGCCCUCGUCGCCACAAUCUGCAGGCGGUAUGGCAUCUCCAUGGUCAGCAGCUCCUACACUCGUACCUCCAGCGCCCUUUGUUUCUCCUGUAAUUUCUUCUCCGUGGACUUUGGUCAGAGUAGACCCUACCAUGGCGUAUCUUUCUAAACCCGACGAACCGUUACAGCCGAACCAAGCUGAAAAGGAUGGUCUACCGCCUGUGGCGCCUAUGAAACCAGACGAGAUUAUGUUUGAUCGGCAAGAGUUCAUCUUAGAAUCCGGCGACUGUUCUCCUGUUGAGCAGGUUCACCAUCCACCCACGAGCCAGCCCAUUCUUUAA